CCAUAUAGACUGCAGUGUUUUUACAGAAGCCGCUGGUUGGUAACGGGUGCAGAGUCAAGCGACUGGCUUCAGUUUAAAUAGUUUAGAUAGUAAAACUAGUUAGUUGUAACUUGGAAGAGAGAAACCAGUUUAGUAACCGAUCUUACUUAUUCCUGACUUUUGUUUAAAAAAAAAAAAUCCAUGCAUUAUCAGCUCUCGGAUCAUUUCCCUUUUAGUGCUCGUGCAAACUGUGUUUUCAUACGUUUUCUUUAUAAGGAUGUUUUUCCUCCUGAUUUUCUUUGCAGGACAUGAUGAGUAGUGAGGAGGACUCUCUGGAGAAACUGGACUCUGAAUUUGACCACUACUUAGUUGACAUGAAACCCUUCGUGCUCAGGCUUCCAGACAAAUCAGAGCGUCAGCGAUGUGCCCUGUGGAUUAAGAAGCUCUGUGAUCCUGUUGCGUCCGGCUCGGGCCUGAUGGGAAGAAAAAAUCGCAACGCGUAUGCCAGGCUUCUUCUGCACAUGCUCAGAAAAGGAGUUCUUGAAGGACCGUUUACCUACAAGCCUGAAGCAGGAAGCCUCAAAACUUUACCAACAUACAUGUCGGUGUACUACGACGAGCCGUUGGCAUCCAGGUCUCAGGCACAGAGUGCCGCCCUGCUGCCAGACUGGGUUUCUGGUGAACUGGAUCGUGAUGACGCCUGGCCCCUCAUGCUGAAGGACUCCUCUCCACCUCAUCCAAACUCCAACAGAAGGAGAAAUCUGUUCAGUCACAAGUCUCCAACCAGACCUUUAUCGUCCAGUCCAGUCAAGCCCAAUGCCAAAGAAGACAAGAGGGAUGAGCGAAUAAGAAGACCCUCCUCUGAUGACAGUGACUUAGAAGCCCGUCUCAACAGCUGGAACCUUGGGAUUUACCCAAAAUCAAGCCUAAGAAAAAGUAGCGCCCUUACCGAUGAGCAUCCCGUUUACAAACCAGAUAAGGAGACUGAAAUGAGGAUCAAAGUUCUAGAGGCCAAAUACCAAGAGGAGAAGCUGAAGCUCCAGCAGAGACAUGAUGCUGAUGUUCAGAAGAUUUUACACCGUAAGAAUGGAGAGAUUGAGGAGUUGAAGAACUUGCACCGGUCCAAGCUGAAAGAAGCAGAGGAGACUGUGAGAGCACUGGAGAAAAAAGUUCAAAGCUUGCUGCGUGAGUCCCAGGUCAUCCGCCAGAGCAAAGACAAGCAGAUCGCAGAGUUGAAGAAAAUGUUGGAUCAAAGUGCUGACUCUCAGAAAAACGAAUGGGAGAAGAAGCUGCACACCGUGAUGGCUCAGAUGGAGCAGGAGAAGUUUGAGCUGCAGAAGAAGCACACAGACAACAUCCAGGAGCUGCUGGAGGACACCAACCAGCGUCUGGCUAAGAUGGAGGCGGAGUAUGGCACCCAGGCACGAGCCACUGAGCAGACGGUGCGGGAUCUGGAGGCCCGGGUGAAGCAGCUCUCAGUGGAGGUAGAGAACGGCAACUUGCUCAGGCAAAAGGUCACGCAGGAGAAAGCCGAGCUGGAGAUCCACAUUGCAGCCAUCAGCGCUGAGCUCCAAGAGGCCAACUGCAGGAAUAUGACUCUGCAGAGGGAGAAGGAUCUACAGAGUGAGGAGCAUGAGGAUGCAGUACAAAAGCUCCAGGCCAAACAUGAUGCAGACCUCAACCACUUUCAGCAGGAGCAUGCACUGUCUGCCGCCAAGGCGACUGAGGUGAUCGAGGAUCUGGAACAGAUGGUGGCACGGCUCAAGCAGCAGCUGCGAGACAGCGAGCACCAAAGGCAAAAGCAGCUCAGGGAGCUAGAAAAUAAGCUGCAGCAUGAGAUAAUGGACCUGCAGCACACCAGUGACAAAAAGGUGCAGUCUCUGCAGGCCGAGCUGGAGAAGGAACGUACUGAAGCCAGAAAAAAGAGCAUGAAGCUGGAGGAAGCACUCAGGGAGAAAGAGGAUCACAUUUGCCACCUUAGAGAGUCGCAGAGACAGCAGGUCCAGCAGGCAGAGAGCGCUUUAGAGAGCUUUAAGAAGCAGGUGGAGCUCAGCUCUGAAAAAGCCUAUGCUGAUAUGAAGCAGCAGAUGGAAAAGGUAGACGCUGAUCUGACUCGUUCUAAGUCACUGAGAGAGAAGCAAACAAAGGAGUUUGGCCACCAGCUAGAGGAGCUCCAGCAGAAAUACGAGCAACAGAUUAUGGAGCUGAAACUGCAGCACGAGCAGGAGAGGACACACCUACUUCAGCAACACAAUACUGAGAAGGACAGCCUGGUCCAGGAUCAUCAGCGGGAGAUUGCUAGUCUGGAGAAGCAGGCGCGGUCCGCCAUGGCCCAGCACCAAACACAGACCCAGGAAUGGAGAAAGCGGGAUGCACAGACCAUCAGUGAGCUGGAGUCCCAGGUGCACUCUUUGAGGGAGGAGCUGCUUGCGGCUCACACUCAGAGGAAGCAGCAGCUGUCUGAGUUGGGCCUACUAUGUGAGGAGGAGCGCCAACGUGCCGUCCAGGAACAGGAGGUGGCGUUAAGUCGUGUCCGGGCUGAGAUGGAGCGUGUCCGGCAGGAUCUGGAGAGAACCCACACUGCAGAGAGAGAACUUGCUCAGGAGAAGGCAAACAGCAGGUUGAAGCAGAUUGAAAAGGAAUACACCCAGAAGCUUGCUAAGUCUGCACAGACAAUGGCAGAGCUCCAAACAACAUUGUUCUCCAUUAAAGAAGAGAGCAAACAAACCCAGCAGGCUCUAGAGCACCAGCUACAGGAAGCACGUACACACUGGGAUGAGGAGAGAAGACAGCUUAGCCGAGAUGCUGACCGUGUCAACAAGGCUCUACAGGAGCGGGUGGAGAGCUUACAGAGGCAACUACGCGCUGCAGAGAAGAAACUCAUGAGCCGCGAGCUGGAGACCCAGGAACAGAUCACACGCAUCCGCCAGGAGUAUGAGUUAAAGAUUAAAGGCCUAAUGCCUGCUGAGCUCAGACAGGAGCUGGAGGACACCAUCACCUCUCUCAAGUCACAGGUCAGUUUCCUCCAGAAGAAAGCAUGUGUUUUACAGGAGGACUUGGAUGCCUGCCGCAGCAGGAGGUAAUGAAGGACAUGCAGUAUUCACCAUUGAGGAUUUCACCCCCCAAACAUCCUCACACAACAUUCGUGUUUUGGACCAUAACUCGCUUUCAUGUUUUCCGUGUCAUGUUUGAAUUUUCUUUUUAAAAUGUAUUUAUGCACUGAGCCAUCGUAUUUAUUUCCAUUUUUGAAAACAAAUGAGUUCUGCUUAAUGUAGCAUGCUGUUUAUUCAUCCCAACAAAUGCUGCAUGCUGUUUGUUUGACCAUGUUUACUUGAUUUAAGAACGCAAAAAAAAGUGUCACAUUCAAAUUUGUUUUUUUUUAUUAAAUACAAUUU